AUGCCUGCUUCGCGAGCUUUGUGUGCUGCGCCACGUCAUGUUUAUGCUGGAACACUUUCAAAUAAGACAAGUAAACCGUUGAAAUGUACAAUUCAUUAUGCAAUUGGUACAAAGAAUAAUAAUACAAAUGAAUCAAUUUCUGUAACAUUAGAUGCCGGUGGUCGAGCUUGUAUACCAGAACGAGAAUAUCAACCAACACCUGAAGCAACAUUUACUUGUCGAAAAGUUGUUUCUCGAAUAGAAGUUCAUGAUGAUGAUGAUAAAACAUAUUCACUUGAACAACCAUUCAAUGGUGUUACAUGUCCAGUGACUGAAUGGCGAUUUGAUAUACAUAAUGAUCAUAUUGAUUCAAUCAAUCCAAGUGCUUUAAUAACACCGACAAAUACAGAAAAUCCUAUUACUGCUCAAUAA